AUGUGCUUGGUUUUUAGCCUAAUCAUUAUGUCCUAUGAUGUCGGCAAGAAAGAACUCAGAGAGAGCAGCUGCCAUGUGGGACAGCUGCCAGGGUUCUUCCCAAAGGAUGUGAGAAGAAUCAGGGAUGUGUUCAUGCAAAGCAGGGAAUCAGAAACCAAAAGGUCUACAUUCAUUCAAAAUCAGACUGUGCUGCAGUGCCUUGGUUCUGGGAGCAAAGUCAAAGUCAACCUUGUGUAUUCAGAGAAAAGGUCAAAGGUCAAGCAGACGCUGAGAGUCCUUGCUGCUCCCCGCAGAAACAGCACUACCUCCCCAAACUGUCACUUAACCCCCACAUCCAAGUUUCAGACUGGAUCCCUUCUAACAGGCAAAGUUUAUAUGCCUGUUGGCUCUCCGUCUCUGCUGAUCUUUGCCAACACUGUCUUCCUGAUUAAACUGAAGGCAGGGACUAUUCCUUCCUCUGUUGGACAAGAUGCUCCCAACUCAUCAAGCCCAAAGAAAGCUGCAGGGAUCACUACCAUCCACGAGACAUACUUCUGA